AUGAUUCACCAUCUAAUGAUCGGCACCUGGACGCCGCCGGGAAGAAUCUACACCGUCGCAUUUGAUGACCAGGAAUUGACGUUGAAGCUGGUCAAGAAGACUAUGAUUCCUGAAGACGAGCCUAUCUCAUGGAUGACUUUUGACCAUGCGAAGAAGAAUAUUUACGGCGCCGCCAUGAAAAAAUGGUCGAGCUUCUCUGUACGCAGUCCUACAGAAAUCGUGCAUGAAGGUUCGCAUCAAAUGGGUGGAGAUCCAAUGGCCAACUCCGCCGACACAAACACAAGAGCAAUCUUCGUCCUGGCGGGCCACAAACCACCCUACAACGUCUACGGCAACCCAUUCUACAAACACGCUGGCUUCGGAAACGUCUUUUCAGUUACCGAGUCUGGUAAAAUCGAUAAAAAUGUCCAAAACUUUGAAAUAGACCCUCACUCCGGUAUCCACGGCAUGGUCUUCGACCCAACGGAAACAUAUUUGUACUCGGCAGAUAUGGGGGCUAAUAAGAUCUGGACACACAAAAAGGACCCCGAGACUGGUCUCCUGACAUUAGUGGACAGCAUCGAUGCCCCUGCCCCCGGAGAUCACCCCCGAUGGGUCGCUAUGCACCCUAGCGGCCACUACCUAUACGCCCUCAUGGAAGCAGGCAACAGAUUAGCCGUCUACGUGAUUGACGAAAAACGCCACGUCCCCGUCUUCACACGCAUGAUAUACCCCUUGGUCCCACCUGGUCUCCCACCACGCAACAAAUACAGAGCAGACGUUGUAUUCCCCACCAAGAGCGGGAAAUACCUCUUCGCGACCUCGCGAUCAAACCAUAAUGACAUCCACGGUUACAUCAGCGCGUUUAGGCUCGGACCAGAGGGGAAUAUUGAGAAGCAAUUGUUUAUUAACCCGACAUCGACGAGUGGUGGACAUUCAAAUGCGGUUAGUCCUUGUGACUGGAGCGAUGAGUGGAUUGCCCUGUGCGAUGAUCAGGAUGGGUUUGUGGAGAUUUAUCGGUUCAAGGAUGAGUUGUUGGCGCGUGUUGCGAGAUGCGAUAUUCCCGAGAAAGGGUUUGGUAUGAAUGCUAUCUGGUAUGAUUAG